AUGCUUAUUAUUGGUGAUACCUCUAUUGAUGAUAAUAAUAAUAAUGAAACUUAUGUUAAACUUGAAAAAAUAACAAAUCAAACAGAUGAAGAUACAAAAAAGAAGAUCAACAUCAUAAAAGAACCGCUAAGCAACCUAAAAGAAGAACUUGCAAGUAUAAUUAUAGAAUAUAAAAUAGGUCAAAUGGUGGAUCGAAUGCGUGAAAUAAAUGAAGCACUGAAGUAUCAGCAGAAACAAGAGAUAAUUAAGGAAUUAGAGAAACUAAUAAGUGUAGAUAAUCUAACGAAUGAAUUAAAAAGACUAGAGUCAGAAAAUGAAGAUCUAACGAAUAAAUUAAAAAGAAAUAAGACAGCAAUACCUUUUUAUGUUACAGUUCACAAACUUUUAACAUGUAUGAUUCCAAGACUAAAGUCAAAAAAUAAAGAUAUGACAAAUGAACUACAAAUGAUCAAAAAAGAACUAGAGGAAAAUGAACUACGAGUACGAGAGACGAUCAAAAAAGAACUAGAGGAAAAUGAACUACGAGGACUAGAGACGAUCAAAAAAGAACUAGAGAAGAGAGAAAGUGAAGAAUAUAAUAAAAAUAUGUGA